AUGCGUAGUGUCACACAUGUUGUGGCGAGCGCUGUUGCUCUGGGGAACCAGAUUUGGCGAAAACUCACUGAUAUCAAUGGGAGACAACGGAGCUUCCUGGCGUCCUUCCCCGAGGGAGUUCCCGUCGAUCGAAUACGCAAUUUUUCUGUGAUCGCUCAUGUCGACCACGGAAAGUCGACUCUGUGCGAUCGUCUGUUGAACAUGACUGGCAUUGAAACCAGAGGCGCGCAGUAUCUCGACACUCUAGAAGUUGAGCGAGAACGGGGCAUCACCAUCAAAGCACAGAGUUGUAGCAUAUUAUACGACAACCCUAAGGACGGCCUCACGUAUUUGCUCAACCUCAUUGACACGCCGGGCCAUACAGACUUCCAAUAUGAAGUGGCGCGAUCCUUGUCGGCUUGCCAGGGCGCUAUACUUUUGGUGGACGCGCUACAAGGAGUUCAGGCGCAGACGGUAGCUAAUUUUUAUUUGGCUUUUAUGCAACAAGGCUUGGAGGUUAUCGGUGCACUUAAUAAAAUUGACAUUGAACAUGUAGACCUGUCGAGUAGUAGGGCUCAAUUGGCUAGUCUGAUGGACACGGACGAAUCAGCGAUCUUGGGGGUGUCAGCGAAGACGGGGAAAAACGUCGAUAAACUAUUAGAGGUAAGAAAAUAUGGCCGCACAAAAGGAGACAUAACAAAACAAUCGAUCAACGCUUCGCAUUUGAUGAACUCGUUACGAGGAGUCCCCUCAGGCGCGGUGCUUUUGGUUUACCUCACGAAUGGGUCUCUGAAAAAAGGAGAAAUGCUCGAGCUGAAACAUGCGGGGCGAAAGAUGACAGCUUCUGACGUUGGAGUCAUGCACCCUAAUUUAACGCCGCUCGAUUCCCUACACCGAGGCCAGCUCGGGUACAUUACGUGUAAUCGAAACCAAGAUAUUCGAGGGCUCCGAGUUGGUGACACGAUCAGCAGAGUUGGUGACACAGUUGAUGUGUUUCCUGGCUUUCAACCGGCCAGGAGUAUGGUGUACGCAGGAGUAUUCCCCGUCACCACAGACGACAGCGAACGCCUCGAGCCCGCCAUGAAUCGGCUGUCCCUCAGCGACUCCAGUCUUGAAUACAAGAAAGUGAUCAGUCAAGCUCUAGGCACUGGGUUCCGAUGCGGUUUCCUCGGACUGCUGCACAUGGAUGUCAUCAAGCAGCGUUUGAAGGCCGAACACGAUGUUGAUGUGAUUCUCACUACUCCCACUGUUCCCUAUACGUUCACGCCUAUGAAUCCCCGAGCUGAUGGCGUCAAUAACGACAUUAUCGUGGAUUCAGUAGACGAGUGGCCUAAGAAUCCAGUGGGAACUUGGAAAGAACCUACUGUUGAGGGCACCUUUGUCUCACCGGUUGCUUACGCCUCUGAUAUAAUUCAACUUUGCUAUAGUCGCCGAGGCGUGCAGCUCUCGUAUGAGCUCAUCGAUCCGACACGAGCGAUGUUCAAGUUCGAGCUGCCCUUGUCAGAAAUCAUAGUUGAUUUCGCUGACAAGAUUCUCCAACUCUCGCACGGAUAUGCAUCGUUUGUUUACGAACAUCGCGGUACUCGUGAUACCGAUCUGAGAAAAGUGGAAAUUAAAAUCAACGGCGAUCCCGCUGAAGCUCUGAGUUUUAUUUGUCGACAUGACGCAAUACGGGAGGUAGCAGGGAAGAUGCUGAGAAAACUUAAGGAACAUAUUUCACCACAUGCGUUCGAAAUCAAUCUACAACGUUGCGUCGGUGGUAAAGUUUUGGUAUCUGAGAAAAUCGGCAAGCAAAAGAAGAGCGCGAUCGCGAAGGAUCACAGCGUUGCGGGUGAUCCGACGAGGAAGAUGAAGUUGAUAAAAGAAGCUAAAGAACGCGAGAAGAAGUUGAAGCAAAUUGGAAGAAUAAAAGUUCCACCAGAAGCUUUCAUGCAGAUUGUGAGACUCGACUGA